AUGAGUAACCAUGGUCGAGUGACCAGUUUGAGCCAGUUGAACGCUGUUAUUUUCAAGGAUAAGGCCGACGCCAGUGUGGGUCGUCGUGCCGUGUCGCUUUUCCCUGGUUUGGGAUAUGCUGCCUGUUACAAGAUUCUGCAAAGAGUUUAUAAGUACGGAGGUCAGCCCGUUGCCAAUGAGUUUUUGGGUGCUAACUACAAACAACAAUUCGAGAAUGCGUUUGGCCCUAAGACUGGUAAGGCUAUUAUGUCAGCCACUGCUGGUAGUUUGAUCGGUAUUGGAGAGAUUGUUCUAUUGCCUUUGGACGUUUUGAAGAUCAAACGUCAGACUAACCCCGAGUCGUUCCGUGGUAGAGGUUUCCUCAAGGUGAUUGCUGACGAAGGAUUCGGGUUGUACCGUGGCUGGGGCUGGACCGCCGCCCGUAAUGCCCCUGGAUCGUUUGCUCUUUUCGGAGGUUCUGCAUUUGCUAAGGAGUUUAUUUUCAAGCUGCAAGAUUACUCUUCUGCCACCUGGACCCAGAACUUUGUUGCCUCUAUCUUCGGUGCUUCGGCCAGUUUGAUUGUCUCAGCUCCUUUGGACGUCAUCAAGACCCGUAUUCAGAACAGAAACUUCGAUAACCCAGAGUCCGGUUUCAACAUUCUCAAGAACAUGGCCAAGAACGAGGGUUUCUCGGCCUUUUUCAAGGGUCUUGUUCCUAAGUUGCUCACCACUGGUCCCAAGCUCGUGUUCUCGUUCGCUCUUGCUCAAACCCUCAUCCCUGCCUUUGACAAGAUCCUCUCACCCCCCAAGCUCUAA